AUGCCCAACCUCCACCGGUGCAUCCACCCGCUCCAUCUGCAAAAUGAAGCCCUUCAGUCCCGCUACAGCCCUUCAGUCCCGCUACAGCCCUUCAGUCCCGCUACAGCCCUUCAGUCCCGCUACAGCCCUUCAGUCCCGCUACAGCCCUUCAGUCCCGCUACAGCCCUUCUGUCCCGCUACAGCCCUUCUGUCCCGCUACAGCCCUUCUGUCCCGCUACAGCCCUUCUGUCCCGCUACAGCCCUUCUGUCCCGCUACAGCCCUUCUGUCCCGCUACAGCCCUUCUGUCCCGCUACAGCCCUUCUGUCCCGCUACAGCCCUUCUGUCCCGCUACAGCCCUUCUGUCCCGCUACAGCCCUUCAGUCCCGCUACAGCCCUUCUGUCCCGCUACAGCCCUUCUGUCCCGCUACAGCCCUUCAGUCCCGCUACAGCCCUUCUGUCCCGCUACAGCCCUUCAGUCCCGCUACAGCCCUUCUGUCCCGCUACAGCCCUUCUGUCCCGCUACAGCCCUUCAGUCCCGCUACAGCCCUUCUGUCCCGCUACAGCCCUUCUGUCCCGCUACAGCCCUUCAGUCCCGCUACAGCCCUUCUGUCCCGCUACAGCCCUUCUGUCCCGCUACAGCCCUUCUGUCCCGCUACAGCCCUUCUGUCCCGCUACAGCCCUUCUGUCCCGCUACAGCCCUUCAGUCCCGCUACAGCCCUUCAGUCCCGCUACAGCCCUUCAGUCCCGCUACAGCCCUUCUGUCCCGCUACAGCCCUUCUGUCCCGCUACAGCCCUUCAGUCCCGCUACAGCCCUUCUGUCCCGCUACAGCCCUUCUGUCCCGCUACAGCCCUUCUGUCCCGCUACAGCCCUUCUGUCCCGCUACAGCCCUUCUGUCCCGCUACAGCCCUUCUGUCCCGCUACAGCCCUUCUGUCCCGCUACAGCCCUUCUGUCCCGCUACAGUCCUAA